CUGGGCGCGAGUUGGAGUUGGUCCAGCAGCGCGUGGGCAUCACUGCGGUGAGGACAAGGUCCAGUAAGAUGUUGGAUGUUGAAGCCCAGAAACCCCCGGACGGCAAAUGGACAACGCCACCCUUCGACCCGCGCUUCCCUAACCAGAACCAGACCCGUAACUGCUACCAGAACUUUCUGGACUACCACCGAUGCAUGAAGAGCAUGCGCCGCCGCGGGAAGAACCCACAGCCCUGCGAGUACUAUUUCCGCGUGUACCACUCACUGUGCCCCAUCAGCUGGGUGCAGGCUUGGAAUGAGCAGAUCAAGCAGGGGAGAUUCCCGGGCAAAAUCUGACUGGUCCCCGUGACCAGGCGUCAUCUUCCAGAGAUCCGCCUCCAUCCCCAGCACCACCCCCAGACUCUGAGCCACAAAUAAAGCUAUGUUCAUGCUAA